CCGCCGGUCGCUCCCUCCUCUCCUCCUGGGGCGCUGCCACCGCCCCCGGAGCAGCAGCAGGAGGCAGCAGACUCCUCACCCCGCCGCCUCCAGGUCGGAGAAGCCUGCUACAAACUGGCUCAAGCAAUGCAGGGAGGACAAGACCCAGCAGAACAAUGGAGAUGCUGCGUUCCUUUUCCUCCACCUCUUCCGCCUCUGACGAAGAGGCUGCACUGGAUGCUACAGCGGGUGAAACCUCAACAGUGGGUGGUACGGCAGCUCGAUCACAGGUGCCACGGAGGAGUAUAGCACACAAUCCUUCCUUCCUCGCUGAGGCUGGCUACAGCGGCAGCAGCAGCAGUAGCGCUCCAACCCGUAGAGGCGGCCCCGCACAGGCGUCCAGUAGCGCUGGCCUACCCCCUCCUCCUUCUCCGGGCUUCGGCGGUCCGCCGGCGGAGUGGGACGAGGUGGACUUGGAGUUUGAUGUGGACUUGGAGAUGGCUCGGAACGGUUCUAGUGGUGGUAUUGGAGCAGAAGGCAGAGGGGUACGAGGGGGAAGAGUGAGGAGCCUGUCAGGGCGAGGUGAGGGAGGGGAACAAGUGCCGAUGCAGAAGCUUGGAUCGGGUACUGGACGUUCGAAUGUAACAAGAGGAGGAUCACAGCUACAAGAAUCGAGAACCGACAAGGAGACAAAUGCGAUGGCAGAUGGGACAGGAACAGGGGCAGGUGGCGCUACGUCAAGCUCGAUGGGCGAGUACGACGCAACGCCUAAGCCUUCAAUGGACGCGCGUCUCCCGCCUGCAGGCGAGGAAGAAGGUGACGGGGCUCUUCGGGGUCUCCACAGCGAGGGUCCGAGCAGGCAUCGACGGACGACAUCGACGUCCAGCUCCCAGGGUAAGCCGAGCAAGACCCGAAUCCUCGACAGGGCCGGUAGCGGCAGCGGCAGCGAUGCUGUGCGUCGUGCUGAGGUAGAUCCGACCCAGCCUGGACCGCCGAGCUACACUCCCCGCGCUCGCACUCUGGAGAAGGAAAUAGGCUACAGUCCUUCUCUCGAAGAAGGAGAGGACGAGGACGAGGACGAGUACGAAGACGAGGACGCAACCACGCCCACUGCUCGUCACCUCGAUCGUUCCUAUCUCGACUCUUCUUCUGCGGGAAGAGGUAGCCCAAGCAGGCUGGACUUUGAGCCUCUGACUCGGCGAGAGAAGUGGACACACGCCCUCACUGCCGUCGUGGUCACUGUGCUUGCUGGACUGGCUGUGGCGAUUGGGGGAGAUUUGAUUGACUGGCCCGGCGAUGGGAUCGGUGACUCUUGACCACUCCAGUCCACUCCAGCCAACUCCAGCGAAACGAAACGCCACAUCUCCCCUCACGAUGUAGAGGGCAGAUCCAAUCCCCUCUACUGACUCUUGGUGCACUUCUGGCCCUUUC